GAGGGAGAGCCCGGUGUGUGUGUGUGUGAGUGUCAGAGAGAGGGUGUGUGUGUGUGUGAGAGGGAGAGGGAGAGCCCGUGUGUGUCCAGGGGGCAGGCGCUGUGAGAGGGUGAGUGUGUGAGAGAGGCAGUGGGCGGCAGAAGGUGAGAGGGUGAGUGAGGGAGACGCGGGUAGAGGAGGGCAGGGGGUGUGGGAGAGAUGACCUCCUACACGUGAGUGCGGACACACACAGACACAGACACGGCGGUCCGCGGAGCUGCCCUGCCUCACUCCCCCGCUCGCCCGGACUUCGAUGAAUCAGCAUCGCUGGCGAUUUCUGAUUUUGCCUCGGGUUUCGCUGCCUGGACAGAUGCAUACAAAUGCAUUUAGGAACCCAGAGGCCAACGGCUAGACCAAUCUCUCCCCCCGCGAGAAGGAAACCCCUCCUCUUCCUGGUCACAGUAUGCAUGGCUCUUGGAAUUAUACCAGUCCGCUCACAAGGUGUAGACAUUCUCCAGAAUCUUGGUCUCACAGAUACCAGGGCGUUGCUGACAGCUCCUCAACAACCAUGGGCAUCAGUCUCGUUACCUCCAGGGGUCACGGCUGCAGAGACGGGCAUUAUCCUGUCAGGCGACGCACACAUUGAGGCUCCGACAUCAAACGCCAUGCCCCGGGACAUUGGAGAUGAUUUCACCAUCAUUGUGGGUCUCCGCUCCCACAGAGUCAAUAAUGCCUUUCUUUUUAGCAUUAAAAAUAAAAACAGACUCCAGUUUGGAGUACAGAUUUUACCCAGAAAAUUAGUUGUGUAUGUUGCUGAGAAACCCUCUGUAUAUUUUGAAUAUAAUGCUCACAAUGGACAGUGGCACACGUUCGCGAUUCACAUCAAUGGGAAAACUGCCUCCUUUUAUUCUGACUGUGGUGCAAAAUUCAUCCGCAAGGAAUUACCCAUCAAGCUCCCAGAAUUUUCUCCCAACAGCAAGCUAACUUUGGGAAGGAUGAGCUUGAAGUCGGUCCCUUUCGAAGGCACCAUUUGCCAGCUGGACGUUUACCCAAACGCACAAGCCUCCAUGAACUAUUGCAACUACGUGAAGAAGCAGUGCCGGCACGCUGAUACCUACCGAUCGCCCACACCCUUGCCCACCACCGCGCUGGCUGAAGCGGCCACCUUGAGCUCCUGGACCACAAGUUCUACACCGAGGGAAGAGACACAAACAUCUCCAUGUCUGACAUCAACAGCGGGGAGUCCCCAAGAGGUUCCACCCAGGAAUAUGUCGUUAAAUAGAACGGACUCCAGUUUGUCAAUGUCGAAGACUUCAUCUACAUCACCUCCCACUGCGACAUCACCAGCUCAGCACUUCAAUGGGACCUCGAGAUUACACCAACCUCUGGGCACCCAGGUUGACCCUGCCACUGUCCUGACCACCACCAACUCCACCAUUGAGCCCACCACCAGGAAAUCCCAAUUAUCACCCAGUGCUGAAGAUCAAGCCGUAGGUGACAAGACCACCUCUGACAUUCAAGAGCUUUUACUCUCAAUCCUGGAGGCUGGUGAGGUGGCAGAGAGCCAGGAAGAUGCCAGUCCUUCUGAGGAGGCGGCACAAACUUCACAGCAAAUACAGAUGAUCAAUGCAACCUUGUACAGGGCAACAGAGGAGCCCUCAUCACAAGAUCAGGGCAGUUUAUGGGAUCAGGAUGUUCCCUCUGCUCUGCCUUUAGACUCUGUCGAAAGCAUGGAUGACAUUGAGAUUGACAACUAUGACUAUGAUUAUGAAGACUUCCUGGACUAUUUGAAUUACCAAGGCUUGCCAGGGCCCAAGGGGGAGCCAGGACUACCUGGACCUCCAGGACUACCUGGCGCUCCGGGACCCCCAGGGAGGCGAGGACCACAGGGGUUUCCUGGACCACAUGGGAAUCCAGGAUUGCCUGGUCUACCAGGCCCAAAGGGUCCGAAAGGAGAACCCGGCUUGUUCCCCAUUAAAGCACCUCGUGGAGAGCAGGGUGACCCAGGUCCACCUGGUUCAAUUGGGCCAUCUGGCCCCAAAGGUACAAAGGGUUCCAAAGGAUACCAAGGUCUGCUUGGUCCUCCAGGGAAACAAGGUCCAGCUGGCUUGGAUGGGAAUCCCGGAGUACUGGGCUAUCCUGGAAGGCAGGGCUUGGCUGGUCCACAGGGAAAACCUGGUCCGAAAGGUGUACGGGGGUUCAUCGGACCACCAGGGGUUGUCGGACCUCCUGGGCCGGAAGGUAAAAAGGGUAUUGCUGGACCCAGAGGAACAAAAGGACCCAAGGGGAGAGAGGGAUAUCCCGGUUCAUCUGGGCCAAGAGGUCCUCCUGGUUCCGAUGGCAGUCCUGGAAAAGUUGGAGGAGUUGGACAACCAGGAUUCCCUGGUCUUCGGGGUGAUGUGGGUCCUCAAGGGUUAACUGGCCUCCCAGGAAUUCCAGGACCUCAGGGUCUGGUGGGAACCGUUGGCCAACCUGGACUGAAAGGUGAUAAGGGUGAUCACGGUUUGCUGGGAGCUCCUGGAGAACAAGGAUUCCCCGGAGAUCGGGGUGCUAUUGGCUUGACUGGACCACCUGGAGCAAGAGGGAAACCAGGGCCACCGGGUAAAAUGGGUGAUGCCGGACCACAAGGUUUGCAAGGACUCCCAGGACCUGAGGGAUUCCCCGGAGAUAUUGGGCAGCCCGGCCCUAAUGGAGUUGAAGGUUCAAAGGGUGAUCCUGGUGACAGAGGACCUCCAGGUCCCCGUGGGUCUAAGGGCCAGGAGGGAGCUGAAGGACCAGUGGGACCACCAGGAAGCCACGGGUCACUGGGCAGACCAGGUCGGAAAGGAUAUCCCGGGGAUGACGGAUUAGAAGGCAUGAAGGGGGAGCAAGGAGAUCUGGGAAACAUUGGAAAGAUUGGAGAGCCGGGUCCUGCAGGUUUGCCUGGACCAAGGGGUCCCCCUGGGAUUCUCGGUGAAAAGGGUGAUCGCGGAGAUCCUGGACCUCUGGGCCCACCUGGGGAGAAGGGAUCCAUGGGUUACAUGGGACCUCCUGGGACAGCUGGACCAAUGGGCCCCGAAGGACAGCCGGGACUCCCAGGACGAAGGGGACCACCAGGGCUACAAGGUGUGAAAGGGAGAAGGGGACCGAGAGGCUUGGAUGGAUUACCCGGAGAACAAGGACCUCCAGGUAAAAAGGGGGAGAGAGGUGAAGCUGGACCACUGGGUGACACUGGACUCAUUGGAAAGGCCGGGAAUCCUGGAGAACAGGGAGCACCAGGACUUCCAGGAUUGACUGGGCCUUCAGGAAGCUCCGGAGAUAUGGGACCUCCUGGACAACCAGGACCUCGAGGACAGGAUGGUGAAGUGGGACCCGUUGGAGAAAUUGGUCCUGAGGGAAUUCCAGGACCUGAAGGAGAAGCUGGUCACCAAGGAGAACCUGGAGCCAAGGGUGAAAUCGGCCCAGCUGGCAGUGAGGGGGAACCUGGCCAGACAGGACUGAGGGGUGAGCCAGGUCCCACGGGAGACGAUGGACCUCAAGGGAAAGACGGACUAAAGGGUGAACCCGGCGACGAAGGUCCCAGAGGCGAGGUGGGAGAACGAGGAGACUUUGGAGUUCGGGGACCUGCGGGUGAAGCUGGCGGACCUGGGAUUAACGGGCUGCCGGGGCCCGAUGGGACACGGGGCAAGCCAGGGCAACAAGGACGGACAGGACGAAAGGGAAGGAAGGGGCAGCAGGGUCCUGCAGGAGAACAAGGACAUCCUGGUGAGCGAGGAGAACAAGGAGAAACAGGUCCAAAGGGAGUGAGGGGAACACGAGGAACAAUGGGACCUCCUGGUCUGAUGGGCCCCUUGGGAGAACCAGGAAUUAUGGGAUAUCAGGGUCACCGAGGACCAGCAGGACCUCUUGGACCACCGGGACCUAAGGGUGAGAAGGGCUAUCCAGGUGAAGACAGCAAUGUUCCCGGACCACCAGGACCUCUAGGUGAACCAGGUCCUGCAGGUCCCCGUGGAGAUCGCGGUGAACCAGGAGAUGAAGGCUACAAGGGUUACCAAGGUGUACCUGGACCAAGAGGAAAUGUCGGACAGCAGGGAAGACCGGGAGACCCGGGACAACCAGGCGAGCCGGGGCCGAAGGGAGGAAAAGGACCGAAGGGUUUAAAGGGAGCAAAAGGAGCUGCUGGUGGGGCGGGGACACCAGGUUUGCCGGGAAUCACUGGACCACCAGGUACCAGAGGAGCAGUAGGAUACCCUGGGCCAAGAGGACAUCCCGGGAGUGUUGGAAAACCAGGAGUUUCUGGAAACCGUGGGCCACCUGGCGACCUAGGUGAUGUUGGACUAACUGGGGUCGCUGGGAAACCCGGACCUCGAGGGGCUCCUGGUGAGCCUGGUCCUGUGGGUGACAGAGGUCAACGAGGUCCUAAGGGAGAGAGAGGUUUGUCAGGACAACCGGGUCUCCAAGGUACUCGACGAGGUCAAGCUGGAGUGCAGGGUGACCAAGGAUCCAUGGGGGAACCUGGUCCUAAAGGUCAAAGGGGCGAUAUUGGUGACCAAGGUUUGAGAGGCUUCCAGGGUUUUGUUGGCCCAAAGGGUCCAAUUGGAGAUGUUGGUUAUAAAGGGAUUCAGGGUCCCAAGGGCCCGACCGGAUUAUUUGGAAAUCCUGGACCGAUUGGACCAGCUGGGAUCACAGGUCCUGCUGGGACACCUGGUCCAAAAGGAGUAAAAGGAAACAGAGGUGAACUGGGACCUGAAGGGCCUCAAGGACAUCCCGGACCUCCCGGUCCUCCUGGUGCCCCAGGACCACUGAGACACGUGGACAUUAACGCAGCCAUUCAAGCCCUGAUUGCAAGCAACGAAGCUCUCCAGUUUGAGAACUACCAGAAUACUGAAACUGCCUUCCUUGAACAAGGCGUGGAGAUAUUCAAAACUCUUCACGACCUCAGCAGUCUCAUGCACAGUCUGAAGAACCCGUUGGGGACCAGGGAACACCCCGCCCGUGUGUGCCGAGAUUUGCUCCACUGUGACCAUCAGUUACGCGACGACAAGUAUUGGAUCGACCCCAACCUGGGCUGCCCAUCAGAUACAAUCGAAGUAUUCUGCAAUUUUAGCACAGGAGGACAAACCUGCUUACAGCCCAUCAGCACAUCCAAGUUGGACUUUGGGGUCGGGAUGGUGCAGAUGAACUUUUUGCACCUGCUGAGCUCGGAAGCCAUACAGACCAUCACCAUCCACUGCCUCGAUUUCCCAGUCUGGAGAAACAGCUCCAGCAAAGAUCCCUAUGCCAAUUCCGUGCAGUUCAGGGGGUGGAACGGAAAGAUAUUUAAAGCAAACACGUUGGUUCAGCCCAAGGUUACGAGCGAUGGGUGUAAGAUUCAGGACGGAACUUGGCAGCAGACACGGUUUGUAUUCCACACUCACGUUGUGAGCCAACUACCGAUUGUUGAAAUUCAGCAAACCCCUGGUUCCAAGCCAAGGAAGCAAUACCGUGUGGAAAUUGGUCCAGUCUGCUUUCUGUAAGGGACAACGGACACAGUUCUCCCAAAGAACUCUGCGAGGAAUCUGCUUACGGAAAGCUAGCUAAAAGUUUUGAAGGAAUUACCUCUGAUGACAGUGAAAAAUGCAGGAACAUUUUCCUUCUUUAAGAAACGUCACGUUCCUUUUACUGAAAGUGACAUCUCAGGAAGAAUGCAUCGAUGGCCCAGAAAACCAAUCGUUGCAGUCAACAGUAAAUGCAAGCCAGCAAACGUUUGCUGCACAGUGUGUUUGUGCUUCUUGCCAAUACUUCCCCCAACUAAAGGGAAUGGAGACUCUUAGGAACAUUUAGAUUGUGACUUUUCCUCUGUCUGCUCUCCGCAAGCCAACACAUUGAUGGCUGCAGUGGAAGAAUGCUGGUCAAACGUUCAUGGCGAUGAUGGGAUGGGAGUCACGAUGGGAUGGGAGUCACAAUGGGCAUGAGGAACGUCGCUGGCGGAGGUCACCUUUGAACCUCUCCUCUUCAUGUCUGGGAGACGAUACUUCUGCAGGAGCCCACUACCUCCAACACACUGCCGCCUCUGUCGGUCAAAGUCUGGAAUCCCCCAUGUGCCAAUGGGACAGAUCGCUGGGUUUCUGCUGGCCUGAUUGUGAGCACGCCUCCCCCCCACCCCCCACCCCCCCCCCCCCAACCUGUCGACCUUUGUACAGAAGGUUGGCAGGAGCUAGGGUGCAGGAACACCACGUAGACUUGGCUUCUUACUGCUGCUUCACCAUUUUCCCACUGGUGUUCCAGCCAACUGCCCCGGCAUGUCACCUCCCAUAUUCUCAGAAUCCAGAUGGGUUGCUUAAUCAACCAAUGGGCAAGCUUCUCCCGCUGGGGUCCGUUGGUGACGAAAGGCUGGUGAACAACAGGCAACUUGCAUGUCCGAUUACUCAGUGUCCCACGGAGGACCUGCCCGCUCAUAAGCCUGCCCCUCUUGGACCUUCCAUUCCACCUUGUGCUCACCUCCUCCUCCUCCCCGUACCGACCAGCGAAAGGUCAUUGGGUGGGCAGACAACAGGCGCUGGAAUCUCCUGGGCUGACGACAGGGGGCAUUUGUGCGCUCUUUUCCAACUGUUACACUGACCUCCUACCUGCAGGGGCUCCACCAGUUGGACAAGUAGAGCUGUGGCGGAAAUUUGGGUAUUGAACCUCAGAUACUGGUCACACGUUGAAGUUCCUAGAUGAAGCCCCCCAACCUUGCCCCCAUCCCCAGUCGCACGGACGGGAGUGUUAAGCAGAUGGAGUUACACAGGAUAGCUUGUGUCUCACAGCUUCCUGGAUGCCCAAGGUGCUUUUGUUAAUAAGGUGCUAAUCAUUUCACAAAGACUUUGAUAUUGUUAUUUUUAUUUCAAAAUGUAUGUACUGGCUACAUUCAAUAAUUUCUGUUUUAAAAGUACUUAUUUGGUCAUUGAGAGAGAGUCCUAGCGUCGUACAGCACAGAAACAGGCCCUUCGGCCCAUCAUGUCCAUGCCGACCUUUUUGUCCAUCUACACUGAUCCCAUUUGCCCGCAUUAGGACCAUUUUACUUCAAUCACAAACAUUAUUUAUAUGAAUGUGUAAUUAUGGUGAAUCCGGCUCCCGUUUGUGGAUGUGCUGUACAGAUUGGUACAAGAUGCAUAGUGACUGUAGAUAGACAGCAAA